CACGAUUUGUCGAGCAAAACAAAUUAAAACCUUCUGCUGGCUUGACCGCACUGUAAGGCACGUAAGGCAACCCGGAGAUGUGAAAACGAAACUAAUCGGUUUACAAACACGUUCACACUAACAUCAGGAUUGAACACUCGACCAGAUUGAAAUGGCCUCCUCAGUAAACAUAGAUGCCCAUGGAGUCAGGGUGAUGACCCAAACCAUUCCUCUGCAAAAUCCAGAGCCUACCCAGUGUUUCAGUGAAAAGAAGGACAACAAGACUAAACUAUCUGAAGUACCAUACAUGACCAAGAUGUUCCUGAAGGGAGAGCCUGUAGCAUUAGGGACUGUACAGAUCAUGGUUGGGAUAGUAAUGAUAGGUAUUGGAGCAAUUUCUUGGUUCACACAAACACUGUAUGGUGAAAUCCCUGUGGGCCUUGGACUAUCAUUUAUCAUCUCUGGUUCUGUAACCCUGGGUGCACACAAGGGAACCUCUUCUCCAGUUAUCAAAAGCGUAAUUGCCCUAAACAUCAUCAGUGCUCUCCUGGCCAUAUCUGCCGUCUGCUACUUCUGCUUUGCAUUUACCAUCGAGCCAAAGUUUAGUGCUUGUCAGCAAGGAGAGAUUCGCUACUAUGACUGCCAAUAUGUAACUAUUAGGCUGAUGAAUUUGCUGAUUGCAGUAAAGGGAAUACUUUUGGGUUUGUCUGUGUUCGGGGCCUGUGUGUGUACGACGACUGUUGUCUUUUCGUGCAAGGCCAGGAAACCACUAUGUGCAACCAAAUGGCAGGUGGUGGGGGUACAGAGCAACAGCAGCAGCAAGGAAGCUCUGCUAAACAGUGAAGUGGCUUCACCUCCACUCUGUGAUCCUUAAGCAAGUAUUGUAGCACUGUAUUGAAUCACUACGCUUUCAAGUAUAGUAUUGCUUAUUCUAGAGUCCUUGUUAUUUUUUGGCCACAAUCAAGGUGUCACGUACACAAUAAAACUGAUCUACACGAAAACUGACAUGUAUUCUGCUUUUGAUAUUGCACCAAUGCACAAAUUGAUAUACUCUAUGAUAUACUCCUGCAAUUAUUAUAUGCCUGUAUUCCUUAAUAAAAUCCUCCAAUGUGCAUUA